UUAGAUUCUUCAGUAGUGUUCCAAGGCACGCACUACUUAGGGAGCUGAUACCUCUGAUCGUCUCUCCGAGAUGAAUCUCACUGCUACAAGCCACAAAGUACCUCUAAAUGACGGAAACAGUAUUCCUAUAAUCGGACUGGGUACCUACUUAGAUCCUGGAACAGAAUCUCAGAACACCUGCUUGGAAGCAGUGAAAAUGGCCAUUGACAUGGGGUAUAGACAUAUUGAUGGGGCUUACCUCUACAGAAAUGAGCACGAAGUAGGACUGGCCAUCAGAGAGAAGAUAGCAGAAGGAAAGGUGAAGAGAGAGGAUAUUUUCUACUGUGGGAAGCUGUGGGCUACAUGCUUUGACCCAGAGAUGGUCCGCCCAACCCUGGAGAGGACACUGCAGGAACUCCAGCUAGAUUAUGUGGACCUUUACAUCAUCGAAAUGCCCAUGGGCCUUAGGCCAGGAAAUGAAUUCUAUCCUAGAGAUAAGAACGGGAAAUGGUUAUAUCACAAAACAGAUUUUUGUGCCACUUGGGAGGCCUUGGAAGCUUGCAAAGAUGCUGGCUUGGUGAAAUCUCUUGGAGUCUCUAAUUUUAACCGCAGACAGCUGGAACUCAUCCUGGACAAACCAGGACUCAAACACAAGCCGGUUUCCAACCAGGUUGAGUGCCAUCCAUAUUUCACCCAGCCAAAGCUCUUGAAAUUUUGCCAACAACAUGACAUUGUCAUUGUUGCACAUAGCCCUUUGGGGACUGCUAGGAAUCCAAAUUGGGUGAAUAUAUCUGUUCCACCUUUGCUAGAGGAUGCAUUUUUAAACUCAGUGGCAAAAAAGUACAAUAAGACAGCAGCUCAAAUUGCUUUACGUUUCAACAUCCAACGAGGGGUGAUUGUUAUUCCUAAAAGCUUUAACCCUCAAAGAAUCAAAGAAAACUUUCAGAUCUUUGACUUUGCUCUCACUGAAGAAGAAAUGACAAACAUUGAAGCCUUGAAUAAAAAUAUCCGCUUAGUGGAGCUGCUUAUGUGGAGUGAUCAUCCUGAUUACCCGUUUUCUGAUGAAUAUUGACUUCAGAGAAUUUGAUUUUUCUCUCUACAUAGUUUGAUUUAAACUGGGUAGUUCCCACAGAAGUGGAAACAAAAAGGGUUUUACUAUCUUCAGAGGACUUAGUGAGAGAAAAAUGCCACACUUAACUUUUAUAUAGUGAAAGUGGCCUCUACUUAUGAUGUCCUUUACGGUGGACCACUACAGUGCUGAAGAUUGACUCACUAAAGUCAGCCAUACAAGUAUUCCAUGUCUGUGUGACCAACUCUAGUAAGAACACUGGACCUCAAUCACUGCUGGGAUAAUUAAACACUGCUUAUACAACUCUGUUGGAAGAAAAUAACCAGAAGUUUGUGCCUGGUCACCUUCCUUGACACUACCCUAUUCUCCUUUUAGUGUGGCUAAUAUUAACCUGUAUCAUUUUACUAUAAUAAAUGAUAGCUAUGAAUGUUACAGAUUUCCUUGAUUUUAUGGGCACUUCCAGUAAAUCAUUGAACCUGAGGAUGGUCUUGGGGACUCCUUACCACAUAUAUACUUAAAAGAAAAUCAAACAAAAUGCAAGAACUUCUCUGGGAACUAGGUAAUUCUUGAACAAUCCUGCUAAACUAAUAGUUCCCAAAUUUUUUGGCACCAGAGACUAGUUUUUUGGAAGACAAAUUUUUCAUGGUCAGGGCAGUAGUUUGGGGAUGGUUCAAUCACAUUAUAAUUAUUGUGCACCUUAUUUCUAUUAUUUAUUACAUUAUGAUACAUAAUAAAUAAUUAUACAACUCAUCAUAAAGCAGAAUCAGUGGGAGCCCUGAGCUUGUUUUCCUGCAACUAGAUGUUCCUGCCUGGGGGUGAUGGGAAACAGUGACACUUGAAAUGUGUUGUUUGUGUCCAGCCUACUCUACUUGUUUUGGUUGGUGUCACUACAGAAAACCCUGCUUCACAAAGAUAGGAUGUUGGAAAUGGAGGCAGGUUUUUCAGUGCUUUUGUUGCUGUAAGAGCCUGACUGAACCACAGCGACUCCAUGUUGACGAGCAAAUGACUUAGAGACUGUCACCCCCCCAUCCCUUAUAGGAUAACUAAUGAUUAA